AGUCAGAAACAUUCUAAACAUCAUGGCUACUCACAAAGUUCUCAGUUUUGUCUUCUUUGUUUUAUUGGGCAUAACAAUAUGUUGUGAAUGCAGGUCACUCCUCACUUUUGGAGGAGGAGGCUACAACGAAGGUUCGGGUGGUGUUCCAGGAGGGGGUGGCUUUGGCCAUGGUAUUGGUGGUGGUUAUGGAGCUGGUUAUGGCCACGGUGGUGGUGAAGGGGCCGGGGGUGGUUACGGUGGAGGAGGCUAUGGAAACGGUGGAGGUGCAGGAGCCGGAGGUGGUUAUGGUGGAGGAGGCUAUGGAAAAGGUGGCGGUGCAGGAGCUGGGGGUGGUUAUGGUGGGGGAGGUGAGGGCGGAGGAGGCUAUGGAAAGGGAGGUGGUGCUGGAGGUGGAGGUGGUUAUGGAAAGGGUGGCGGUGCAGGAGCAGGGGGUGGUUAUGGUGGAGGAGGUGAAGGUGGAGGAGGCUAUGGAAAGGGUGGUGGUGCUGGAGGUGGAGGUGGUUAUGGAAAGGGUGGCGGUGCAGGAGCAGGGGGUGGUUAUGGUGGAGGAGGCUAUGGAAAGGGUGGUGGUGCUGGAGCUGGAGGUGGUGAAGGUGGAGGAGGCUAUGGAAAGGGUGGCGGUGCUGGAGCCGGAGGUGGUGAAGGUGGAGGCUAUGGGAAGGGUGGCGGUGCUGGAGCCGGAGGUGGUUAUGGUGGAGGAGGUGAGGGUGGUGGAGGCUAUGGGAAGGGGGGUGGUGUAGGUGGUGGAGGUGGAUAUGGUGGUGGAGCCGGUGGGGGUGCUGGUGGAGGUUAUGGUGGAGGUGAAGGAGGUGGUAAGGGAGGCGGUUAUGGAGCUGGUGGUGGAUAUGGAGCUGGAGGUGGACAUGGAGGAGGUGCUGGAGGAGGUUAUGGAGGAGGAGGACCUAGUGGAGGUGGAUAUGGCAGUGGUGGAGGAGCAGGUGGUGGAUACGGAGGUGGUUAUGGAGGUGGAGCUGGUGGUGGCUAUGGAGGUGGUGCUGGUGGCGGUUCAGGCUAUGGUGGUGGACAUGCACGCUGAGAACCAAUGCGUGCAUUUUAUAUCUACGCUUUGUUAGGGUGCUUCCCAACAAUAAGUAUUAUCAAAGCAUCUGUUUUCAUUUGCCAGUUUAAUUCAGAAUUUCAUGGAUUUCAGCUCCGAAGAGUUUUAAGUGUUUUGGUUAUUCAGCUGUUCCCUUGGCUGCUGAAUGUAACCGCACUUCAUUUUAAAUAUGUAUCCCUUGUUUAUGUUUCCAAAAAAUAACAAUAAUAAAAAUAAG